UUUUAGUUUCUAAAGCAUGCCCUUUGCUUUAAGAGCAAAAAACUUAGUGUCCUUUCCAUUAUUUAAAAAACAACAACAACCCACAUCAGAAACUUAAAAUGAAAUGCCAGAAAUAAAAUAAGGAACAGCCUGGUGCUCCAAGUGGGAAAUACAUGGGACUGGUGUUGGCAGAAAGCUCAGCAUUUGCACUGUGAUGGAAACUACCUUUUGGGAACAGAAGUCUACUGCAAACUCUUCCCAGCACUGGAACUGGAGCAAAGAAACUAUUCCAGCAGUGGCCUCUGGGAUUGAACAGAGGGGAAAGAAUUUGCAGUAAACAGAAUUAUCUUCACCCAAAGUGUUUGGCCGCAGAAGGGACAAGGAUUCUUCUCGACAUGGGUCAGAGUCUCCAGCUACACUUCAGACUUUCUGUCUGGGCAGUUGUGAUUCUCUUUGUGAUUGCUGGAUCCCAGAGCCAGACAGAUGAGCAAUUUCACCUUAAGAACAGUACAGAUAAAGAUAUUCAAGAGAAUGCUGAGAUCGUAUUAGAGUUACUUUGGGGAGGAAUUGAAAUUACGGCAAAUGAGACCAUCAAGAUAGAAGAUGAAGAAUUCGCCACUCUGCGUCCUGCAAAGCGCUUACUCUGGAUCUUUCAGCAUAAAAUUCCCAAAAAUCCAUCAGGAAUCGAAGAAUACCUGGAUCAUUUCUCUCAGUCUGACACCCCGAUCACUCCGGAGGAAUUUGAGCAGCUUGUUUUCACUACUAUCUUUACUGCUUACCAGAUUCGCAUUGUCCAAGGUCUGGAUAAAAAUCUGUGGAUCAACCUUUUCUCUCAGCUGGUCAAUGAAAUCCUCCGGGAGCUCUGCAAACAAUUCUGUCCUGAGGAACUGACUGAUUCUGUUCAACAUUUAGCCUCCAGGCCUUGGCAGGAAAUGCCUGCCUAUGUUAGCGCAUUGAAGAAAUUCUAUCAGCCCAGCUUCGUUAUGACUCAAGGAAACUGAUUUUCCUGCAUAAAGAGCAAAACUUGAGUCAUCUUUCACCCCAUUAAAUGCGCACUAAAAUACAGAAAUACAUUUGAAGUUCUUUGAUCUCUGUAACAUUAUCUGAGACUCUGCAUGGACCAAAGUAGCAAUCUUCUUGCUUUGUUUUCCCAACUUCAGUAGACAGUCCUUUGUUCUUUAAUGUAAUCUGAUUUAGGAGAGCCUUUCCCAAUGACCUUGAGAUAUACUAGAAUUUACAACAUCCAGUCAUGACUAGUCCGACAAAGAAUUCUGGGACUUGUAAUCCUGACACAUAUGGAGAACGCCAAGUUAGAGAAGGCUGACCCUGGAGCUUGGACACUGCUCUCCCUCUCCCUCUAGGGCAGGGGUCUCCAACCUUGGCAACUUUAAGACUUGUGGACUUCAACUCCAGAAUUCUGGGAGUUGGUCCACAAAUCUUAAAGAUGUCAGGGUUGGAGACCCUGCUCUAAGGUGUCCCAUUCAGAGAUUACUUUUCUCAGUGGAGAGUUGGCUUGCCGUUGGCUGGGAUUAGGUUUCAGUGAAAAUAGGACCAUGCUAACUGCUGUUAGAGAACACAAAUUAUCUUCUCACGUAGCAUAAAUGAUAAGAAAACAGAUGCAUGUUAAAAGGAAGAUCUUGUCAUUAUAAGAACAAUUAUCUAUUUAGCAGGAUAAUUUUGAGAAAGCAGUGCUUAAGCCACUACAUUUCUUCAUUUUCUUUCUGUUAUAUUGUAGCAAUGGCGGAAAACCUUACAACUAAAACACAGGAUCUGCAUAAAAAGGGAACAGAGACAGAACAUUUGAAAAAAAGGGUUGGGAGGUGUUUCAUCAGGCAAUUUAAAAUGCCUUUAAAAAGUUGAAUAUCCUAUUUGUAAAUGAUAAAAUAACAGGUUUUACAUAUACAGUAAAUAAGGUGAGGACAUUAUAUAUAUUCACCUUGGAAACUGGAAAUUCUGAAGGCUACAUGAUAUUUUAAAAUAUAAAUUUACAAGCUCAUGACUGUAUGGUCAUAACUAAGAAAUAUUUUAUAUUGCCACCUUAAGUUGAUUGCUCAAUAGUGCAAUAGACAAUUUAGCAUCCAAAACUUGUUGGAACAGAUGGUUAUACCUGGAGUCUCCAGUUCUACCAAAACAGUUCCAGUUCCCCCAAAACAAUUUCUUUGUGGGCAAAAUAAAAUAUACAGUAGAAAUGCUCUAGCAACUAAAUCCUUAAUUUAUCUUUUAACUUUUUAAAAGUAUAGUCAUCAAAGAAAGUACCAUAGAAGAACUCAACAAACUGAUUCUCUUCAUUUGUUACAGCUGUUGUACUUUUGCCAUUGUAAGCCGUCAUAUAAAAUGUGCGUAUAAUUUC